AUGACCAACAGCUAUUUUGCAGAGGAAACCUACAAAUUGCUUUCCUUUUCUCCGCCAUUGUGGUGUGGGCAGUUGACGGUUGUCUCCGUGUCUUCUCACAAGACUUUCCGGAUCAAGCAAUUCAUGGCCAAGGAACAAAAGCAGAAUCAUCCUAUUCCCCAGUGGAUUCAGAUAAAAACCGGUAAUAAAAUCAGGUACAACUCCAAGAGGAGACACUGGAGAAGAACCAAGCUGCAUCUAUAAGGGAUUGCACACGAGAUGGCACACACAUUAAUGCUGCGUGAGGCCCCAUGUUCCUCCCCUAUCACUCUGUAGUCAUCCCUACGACCUGAACAAUAGACCUGUUUUACCGGGGAAAUGAUUUUUGUCUGUUACUAUGCCUCUGCACCAGUAGGUUGGCUCAGUAAGAAAUAUGUGAGACCUUUUGAUUGGAAAAAAACAAAGAACAAAAGGAAGGCUACAAAUCAAGAUCAGCCAAAUACAGCUCAUAAAAAAAAAAAAAAAAUCCCAA